AUGUCUCACUCAGUUUACCAAACUUCAGGUAAACCAUUGUCCAAAGAGGCAUUGUAUCACCAAAGAUUGAAGCAAGGUGUCUUUCAAUCUCCUAGUGGAACCAUUGUUGGAGUAAACAGCAAUGCUUCAGAUACUGCUGCCUUGUUAGCUGCUUCAUCUGAUUUGACGGUCAAGCCAUCAUAUGAACGUACAGUUGCACCUGAAGCACAAACAGCUGCUUUAGUUGCUAAACCACACGAAGUUAACAUCUGGAAGAGACACAAGGAAGAUGCUGAUGCCGCUGAUGCCGCCUUAUCAAGCCACUCAAAGUCAGACUCCUUGACUAGUCAAUCAAGCCAACAGCCAAACACUAUUGUCAGAGUCGGUAUUCCUUCAGCAUUGAAUAAGAGCUCUAUUUACAAGGUUGCCCAGGAAAAAUCUACUAGUACCAUGACUUCAAGAAUUGACCCCAUUAGAGACGUUUCAAGAUCCGGUAUUCAGUCCAAAUAUGGCGCACAAUCUUUGAAUAUUGGCAAGAUUAAUCAAGUAGCAACAAAAAAGUCUGGCAGUACAUUAAAUUCGAGAUUCAAUCCUGAAUUGGAUUACAGAUCUGGUUUGAAAAAGGACAAGCCAACAGAGUAUUUGAACCAAGAAGAAGAAGAUUUGGCUGCUUCAGGUGCAAAUGCUUCUUUGUACCACACCCCUUCAGUUCCUGAUUAUGCUUCUCAAACUAGGUCAAGCACUUUUAAAGCUCACGAAAUUGUCAAUUCCACGUUGUUAGCAGCCGCUGCUGCCAAGGCCAAUGAUCGUUUGAGCACUUUGAAUGCCAACACUCCACAAACAUUAAAGGCACAAGCUCAAUUAUACGCUAAUGCUUUAGCUGUUGCACAAAAGAAUAGCGACGAAAGAGCUAAAAACAGAGUUGCUGGUGUUAUCAACUUAGGUGGUGGCUUAACAAUCACCCAGGCCGAAUUGAACCAAUUGGCAUCUACUUAUGUUCAGCCAGUUAUUGAUGACAUCGAGCAAAAAGCUGAUUCAAAGAGGGAAAUUGAGUUGUCCAAAAAGCAGAGAAAGUUGGAAUUGAAAGCAGCUCAUGAAAAGGCUAAACAAGAGGAGCAAGCAGCCAAGGCUAAGGAAAAACAAGAUAUUGAAAAUGCCAAACGCGAAAGAAUUGCUGCUAAUGAAAAGUCAAAGAAGUCUGAAGAUGAGAAAUUGAAAGAGCAUGAAAAGACUAGAAAUGAAGAAGUUGAUGGUAAACAAAAGGAGUAUGAAGAAGUGGAGAAAACACAUGCCGAAGAGAAAGAACAGCUUCUUGCCGAGAAGAAGGAAAAACAAGAUGAAAUUGAUGCUGAAGAAGCUGCCAAGAAUGAAGAAAGACAGAAGGAGUUGGACGAUUUGCAAGCAGAAAAGGAUGAGGUAGCCCAACCUUUGUUGGAUGAAUUGGAGGAGGAAAACAGCAAAUUGAAGGAAAUCACUGAUGAAAGAGAUGGGUUGUCUGAAGAGGUUAAUGGAAUCGAAGAGCAAAAGAAUGAACGUGAACAAGAAGUUGAAGACUUAAACAACGAACUCGAAGAGACUCAAUUAGCUAUUGAUAAGUUGGUUGAAGAGUUGCGUCAAGCUUCAGAAAAACAUGAUACCACUGAUAAGGAAUUGGCUGAUCUCAAAACUAAGGAGACCCAAGCCAAGGAAGAACAUGCAACCGAGACCUCGAGAUUGGAUGGUGAAAUUGCUGAUUUGCAAAAGGAAAAGGAAGACAAGACUGAAGAAAAGGCCAAUAAAAAGAAGGAUAUUUUGGGUGCUAUUGAUGAAAAAGUCAAGUUUGAAAAGAGGCUUAACGAUGAGUUACCUCCACAUUUGAAACGUGAUAUUGACGAGGAUAAACUUAGAGAUACUGGCUCAUUGUUUGCUGAAGAUGAGAAGCCAAAGCCCAAAGCAGUAACUUCAGAAGCUAAAGAAACUAAACCAGUAGGAUCUGAGGUUAAAGAGUCCAAACCUGCAGAAUCAUCAAAACCAUCAACUAGCAAAGCCACCGAUGGUGAAAUCAAAUCAGUUCCUUUAAUUGCAGUUGCUGACAAGGCCGAUACUGCUAAGGCUACUGAAUCAGAAAAGCCAAAGAAGGAAGCUACUACUGCGGCUGCUACUGCUACUGCUACUGUUGCUGCAGCUGCUCCAAAGACUGAAAAGAAGGAUACAGCAAAGAAAGAGCCAGCAACUACUGCUAGUAAAGCUGGUACCUCAAGUACUACAAAGCCUGCAGCAAAGAAGCCAACAUCUGAUUCAACGCCUGCUAAGAAAGAAAAGAGUUCAUUUUCAAGAAGAUUGAGCAAUUUCUUCAAGGAUCAAUCUAAGAUACCUGCACCUGCUAAAUCUACCUCGACAAAGUCCACUCCAGCUAAGUCCACCCCAGCUAAGUCCACUCCAGCUAAGUCCACUACUGAUAAGUCCACUACUGCCUCCAAAGAUGAGACCAAACCCAAAACUACAACCACUGAGCCAAAACCCGCUAGCACCACUACUGCCCCAACAACCAAGCAACCAGCAGCUAAAGAUGCAGAAAAGGAAGCCAAGUCAUUAGAUCCAAAGCCAAAGCGUGCCAACACUGCCGAGACUAAAGAUUCAGAAGAUGGGGAUUAUGGUGAUUACGACGAUGUAGAUGAUGAACUUUCAUUGAAUAAGAAACAAAACCAAGGUGGAGUAUUCAAAGAAGAGCUUUUGUAA